AUGGAAGGAAGCUCAAGAUCUCAAGGUUCAAUGAAACCUCAUUACCAGUAUACGUACCAACCUUUGGUCCAAAACCAGCCAUUAGAAGGCGAACCUUCGUCAAACAAAUUCACCGGGUCCACAUUGAACAACCGCAGUGAACCGAGGAACGUACACGGGAAUUUCUCGAAAUGGACGGAUGAAACAGCGAGGCUUCUGAUCAUCGCUGUUUCUUAUGUAAUGGAGGCUGCAGUGUCUGAACUUGAUGAUGAUAGUACCAGGUGGAAGGCUAUUUCAACUGCGAUGAUCGAAAGGGGAUGCAACGUAUCGCCUCAACAAUGUGAGGAGAAGUUCGGUGAAAUCAAGAAAAAAUACAAGCAAAUGAUCGACAUUCUUGGACGUGCCAUGAGCUGCAAUGUCGUUGAAAACCCGAUCCUUUUGGACUCCAUAGAAAUUCCUGAAAGACAGAAAGAGGAGGUUAGGCGGCUUAUGAGCUCGGACCAAUUUCUUUAUCGUGAAAUGUGUUCACUUCGUAGCGGGAAUCGCUUGUUUCUUCCUCAUGAUUGGGAGCUUCGUAGGUCCGUGUUCUUUAGCCUUACAGGUAACCAUGGCGAACAACAUACAGACCAAGAAGGAAUCCCGAAUGAAUGUAGAGUUUUAAAGGCUCGUUGGAUUCGGUUGGAAGAGAAGAAGUUAGAGAUGCAGCAGGAGAGACUGCAGUUUGAGAAAGAGAGGUUCGAUUGGCUGCGGUUUAACCAUAACGAAGAGUUGAAGCUGGAGAAGAUGAGAUUGGAAAACGAGAGGCUGAAGCUCAAGAAUGCGCGUUUGGCUUUAGAACUGAAGCACCGAGAAACGGCCACCCAUGACGAGAACAACUAA